AUGCCAGCCAACGAAGCUCUUACAACACCGUCACCUCCGACAUCUCCUUGCGAUGGAACUGAUUCCAGUGUUAGCACCACACCUGAAUUGAACCAGACCAUUCCAAAGUCCAAUCCUGAAGACGGACGCGAAACGAAAUGCAGUGUAUUGAACCAUGAUGCGAUUCUUUCACAGAUAUUACCGAGCACCAACGAGUUCGAGACAAAGUAUACCCAUGUUUUCCAUUGGAAUAUUACCGACUGGAGAAGCCUUGAGCCCAAGAGCCAUAGUCCUGUAUUUCAUGCAGGUGAAUUCCCCUGGAGAAUCUUAUUGUUUCCAAAGGGCAACAGCCAACACGACUUUACGUCUGUCUAUCUAGAGGUAGCAGAUCCAGCAGCAAAUAAUCUUACUCCAGGGUGGCAUGUGUGUGCCCAGUUCUCACUCAUAAUCUCCAACCCAAACGAUCCUACAGUCUAUUAUCACAGCAAUGCAAACCAUAGGUUUUCAGCUGAAGAAGUCGAUUGGGGAUUCACUCGUUUUUAUGACAUCAAAUUCCUGGCAAAAGCCUUAAACGGGAAAGGGCCUUUUGUUGUAAAUAACCAAACCACAAUUACGGUUCUCUUACGUAUAGUCAAUGACCCAACAGGUGUCUUGUGGCAUAGUUUUGUAAAUUAUGAUUCUCGAAAGGAAACAGGUUAUGUUGGUAUCAAGAAUCAAGGCGCGACAUGUUACAUGAACUCUCUCUUGCAGUCCUUGUACUGUACUAAUGCAUUCCGCAAAGCGGUAUAUCAAAUCCCUACCGAAAAUGAAGAACCUACCAAGAGUGUUGCUCUGGCAUUGCAAAGAUGUUUUUACAACCUCCAAAAUUCAAACACGCCAAUCGGUACAACUGAGCUCACAAAGUCAUUUGGGUGGGAUUCACUGGAGGCUUUUAUGCAGCACGAUGUACAGGAGUUCAAUCGAGUUCUUCAAAACAAUAUGGAAAUCAAGAUGAAGGGUACUCCUGCAGAUGGUGCGAUAUCUAAUCUAUUUGUUGGGAAAAUGAAAAGCUACAUCAAGUGUAUCAAUGUUGACUAUGAAUCGUCUAGAGUGGAAGAUUAUUAUGAUAUACAGUUGAAUGUCAAGGGGUGCAAGACACUCCAUGAUUCAUUCAAGGAUUACGUUACAGUCGAGACUUUAGAAGGAGAGAACAAAUACAUGGCUGAAGGACAUGGUCUUCAAGAUGCACAUAAGGGUGUGGUUUUUGAGAGUUUUCCGCCUGUACUACAUCUCCAACUCAAACGAUUCGAGUAUGAUUUUAUGAGAGAUACUAUGGUCAAGAUCAAUGACAGACACGAGUUUCCAGAAGAAAUCAACUUGGAUGAGUUUUGCUCUAUUAGUAACCCUGACGAACCAUUUGACUAUGUACUUCAUGGUGUACUGGUUCACAGUGGUGAUCUUCACGCAGGUCAUUAUUUUGCUCUGAUAAAGCCAGAAAAGGAUGGAAAAUGGCUAAAGUUUGAUGAUGAUCGUGUCAUUCCUGUAACCAAAAAAGAAGUAUUUGACGAGAAUUUCGGUGAAGAAGCUCCCAAAGAAAUCGAGACACUACAUUAUCCUAGUACACCUAUGCGAGUAAACAGCACAAAAUUAAUCAAGCGAUUUACAAACGCCUACAUGCUUGUAUAUAUUCGAAAGAACAAACUUGACGAAAUAUUGGCUCCUGUAUUAGAAGACGACAUACCACGUCAUCUUAAGAGGCGUCUAAGUGAAGAGCAAGCUGCUCUGGAAAAACGUAAAAAGGAUAGAGAAGAUAUGCUUCUCUUCACAAAAGUAGCCGUCGUAACGGACUCAACUUUUCUAACAAGACAAGAGUUUGACUUGGCUGCAUUUGAUGACAGAGUUUUCAAGACAGUUGGUGGGGUAGAAGUGUUCAAAGUACCAAAGAACGAAAAGAUUUUGACCUUUAAGCAACAAUUGGCCGAGCAUUUCAAACUUGAUUUGGAUAAAAUCAGACUUUGGUCAAUUCUCUUCCGAUCCAAUAAAACUGUCAGAGUAGAUCAGGCAUUAAGUUCAACAGAGGAAAGGAUGACCAUUGAAAAGUUACGAGAAACCACCUGUUUCAAUAAACAAAUGGGUGGAUUUGCAAAGAUUUAUUUAGAGACUACUGAUCAGCACUACCCCAAACUCCCAACCAUAAAGGCAGACACUUCUAUUGUCUUUAUAAAGUAUUUUGACAUCUGGGAACAGAAAAUGCGUGGUCUGGGCCAUAUUUUUGUAAAGGCAGAUGAAAAAGUAGGGGAGAUAAUUCCAUCUUUAAUUGAACGUGCAGGACUACCCAAAGAGUCUGCUAUUACAUUAUAUGAGGAAAUCAAACCAACAAUGGUCGAAUAUAUAGCUGUAAAACAGACAUUUAAACAAGCAGAGAUCCAACACGGAGAUAUCAUAUGCUUCCAGAUGACUGUCAGCGAUACAGAGGCCAAGAAUAUACAGGCACGUGGAGAAUGUGCCACGGUGCGUGAAUACUUCUCAAAGAUCUAUCAUCGAACUAUGGUUCAAUUCAAGCCGAAAGUGGACAAGCGUGGCCAGGAGGUCAAUUUGAUUAUGGAUCGUCGGUCUACUUAUACCUAUGUGACCCGUGAAUUGGCAAAGGCAAUUUCUGCAGAUGCAUCAAGAAUCCGGUUCACGACUGCCAGCCAAGGCACAGGCUUACCAAAGGACGUCUUGCCGUAUUCUCCACAGCUCUCUUUGGAAGCCAUAGCGCCAAUGAUGUUGAGUGCGACUGAAUAUGCUCACAGUGUCAGUCUAGAGUCGCUUCCGGUCCCUACAGUAUACUAUGAGAUCCUUGAUGUCAGUGUAGCCGACAUGGAAACCAAGAAGUCGGUCAAUAUUGUCUUGCUAGGUCCUACCUUGCGCGACGAGUCCCCGAUCACUGUUCUUGUGCCUCGAAACAGUACCAUAAAAAGCCUUUCAGAAGCCAUGUACCAGAAAAGUAAGACAGAGAAAAAGGACGUCGGAAAUCUUCGUGUGUAUGAGGCCGUGGAUGGUGCGAUUACAAAAGAGUUUUCUAUGGACCAGCCUGUGGGUGAAAUCACAGAAAAGGGUUCUGUAUUGUAUGCAGAGCAAAUUCCAGAAGAUGAGCGUACUAUGGAUAUGGACAGUGAUCGAUUAAUUCAAGUAGUUCAUUAUCACAAGUCCCCGACCGCUCUUCACGGUGUUCCAUUUAGAUUCGUUGGCGAGUUGUUUUCAGAUACAAAGAAACGGCUGCAAAAGCGUAUUGGCAUGAGUGAUAAAGAAUGGCAAAAGGUCAAGGUCACGCUCAUCAGGGACCUCAAGACGCCAGGCUAUACCAUGGAGAAUAUCGAUAAAGAUGAUAUUGUGUUACGAACAUCAAAGUUUGGAGACGAGGAUGCCUUAGGACUUGACCAUAUUGACAAGUCAUCAAAAUCAAGUCGCUUUGGUGUUCCAUUCGAGCGUGGUAUCUUUAUUCGUGGAUAA